AUGUUUUCUGCAGUCUUCAGCCUCUUCUUAGAUCGCUUCUUCCAAUGCCCCGUCAAAUAUCUUCUGUGGGUGCUAUCGAUGGAGAUCGUCCUGCUCAUCUUCUUCUUCAUCUAUAUCUUCAUCCGCAAGAUUGCCUACAAGUCAAUCGAGCAGCUCAUUUCAUGUGCAGAUACGGGAGGCUUUGAGAACGAGAAAGAAGUGGAUUGGCACGACCGCAUCAUAUUGAGGAGUUAUAGGUACUCCGGAAAUACCCCUGUUGCUACCUAUCCCGAUGCGACACUUCUGGCAGCUGUUACGAUUUUGCCAAGUGCUGACAUGUCUGUCGCGUCCAUGGUCACCUUACCGAUAACGAAUAUCGAAACGGUCACUAUUCCCACAGUAAACGGGACCUUCAACUUCACAAUCGUUGCCUUACUAUGUCCAGUAACCGCAGAGACUGUGUGA